GUAAAUCUACUCCCCAGUUGCCAGGAUCGAAGUACGCGACCGCGCAGAUGACGCCGACGCCCGCAUGCUUCCUCGCAUGGAGUGCGACUGUCGACCCUACGCGCUUGAGGCGAGCGUGAAACGGGGGCUUGGUCAUCGAUGUUGAAACAGACAGGGCCGAGGGCUGGGUUUCCGAGCGUGUUUCCGAGCGUGGUAGCGGUAGACGGUGCUGGCCUUCGGUAUCAGUCAUGUUGGUGGCCAUGUGCGUGGAUGGGGACCGUGAAUGAUUAAGGCCAAGGUGCAUUUAUACUGAGGAGCAGAACCGGUGGUUUGGGUAGACCCAGAAGAAUGGAUCGACUUGUGCAUUGCGGAAUGAGUCGGAUGGCGUAAUCCCGAGCCGCCGGCGCUCUUCAAACACUCUGUCCUCUUGGUCUUGUGCUGCAGCUGCAACACACGGCGUUGUGCAGAUUGCUGCGGAAGUCGAGGAAAACGACGGGAAAGGAGCGUGGUCCCUGAAGCUUCCCCAGACCCACUGAUGGGAUCUAUAAAUAUAUUGUGACACGACAUUGAUGAAACAAAAGUAGAAUCUGCUAUAGUAUGCAACACGGGAACUGAAAUGUGUACCCUUCCUGCUUGCUUUUCAUUCAACUCAAAUCAGACCUCUUGCUGGAAAAGAAUCGCGCGACCUUCUUCCAUACGACUUCUUCACUGCGGUGGCCAACAGGACGGAUCCUAUUCCAUUGACCGAGCUCGCCGACCUGUUGCUCAGGAAGCGCUAGAACAUUCAACGUGUCUUCCAGUCUUGCGCGGUGAGUGCUGCCUUGAGACCAUCUCUUGCAGGCCGACCAUUGGGCUUCGCAGUGGCGACAAGGCUUCGUGCUUAGGGGCAGCUCCAGAUCUUGAAUGUCCAGCCCAAAGCCAAAUCCACAGUGGGCGCAGCGAGGGAGACUGGGUAUACACAAGGUCAUGUUGAUGGAAGUAGCCAGAGCCUCUUCAGCGUUUAGCGGAGUAGGUAACACAGGUGAUCUUGGAGGCUCAGGCGUGGGAAAGGUCAGAACGAGGGCUGGAAGAAACUCGGGCUCAUCUCCACUGGCGCACGAUGAUCCGUCU